CCCCCUUUUUAACCACAAACCGAAUUUUCUUUCAUUUAGGUGAUCUAUAUAUAUCUAUAUCGUAUAGCUUAUAGCUUAUAUCUAUUUUAAAUAACUUAAAGCCGCUAAAAUUUGGGGGGGAACAGCUUUCGCCCUGGAGCGGUGCGCGAUGCUGUCUCACGCCGACCUCCUGGACGCCAGGCUAGGUAUGAAAGAUGCCGCUGAGCUUCUGGGCCACCGGGAGGCGGUGAAGUGUAGGCUGGGCGUGGGGGGCUCGGACCCCGGGGGCCAUCCGGGAGACCUGGCGCCCAACUCCGACCCGGUCGAGGGAACCACACUGCUGCCAGGGGAGGACAUCACCACAGUAGGGUCCACACCAGCCUCGCUGGCGGUGAGCGCCAAGGACCCAGACAAGCAACAGGGGCCCCAGGGCGGCCCGAACCCCAGCCAAGGCGGCCAGCAGCAGGGCCAGCAGAAGCAGAAGCGCCACCGGACGCGCUUCACCCCCGCACAGCUCAAUGAGUUGGAGAGAAGCUUCGCCAAGACUCACUACCCCGACAUCUUCAUGCGCGAGGAGCUGGCGCUGCGUAUCGGGCUUACUGAGUCUCGAGUGCAGGUUUGGUUCCAGAACCGACGAGCCAAGUGGAAGAAGCGUAAGAAGACGACCAACGUGUUCCGCGCGCCUGGCACGCUGCUGCCCACGCCAGGCCUUCCUCAGUUUCCAUCCGCCGCGGCCGCGGCCGCUGCCGCCAUGGGCGACAGCUUGUGUUCCUUCCACGCCAACGACACCCGCUGGGCGGCAGCCGCGAUGCCGGGCGUGUCCCAACUGCCGCUGCCGCCCGCGCUGGGCAGGCAGCAGGCCAUGGCGCAGUCGCUGUCCCAGUGCAGCCUGGCGGCCGGACCGCCGCCCAACUCCAUGGGUUUGUCCAACAGCCUGGCGGGCUCUAACGGCGCUGGGCUGCAGUCACACCUCUACCAGCCUGCAUUCCCCGGCAUGGUGCCCGCCUCCCUCCCCGGCCCCAGCAACGUCUCCGGCUCGCCCCAGCUUUGCAGCUCCCCGGACAGCAGCGACGUGUGGCGGGGCACUAGCAUCGCCUCCCUCCGCCGCAAGGCGCUAGAGCACACAGUCUCCAUGAGCUUCACUUAAUACCGCCGCGCCCGGCCCCCUCCACCCGGGGAGACGCCCCCUAGAGCCGCCCAGAGGUCCUUCCGGCGCGCGCCCCGGCUCCCCACGUCCCGGCCCCCUGCCUGGUCCCGCGCCCCUGCCCGGGUCUCGUUCAGUCCACGCCUUUCGCCUCCACCUCCCCGGGCUCGCCCCAAGCCCUGGCUCCGAGGCCUCCUCCCCGCCUGAUCUCGGCCGCCCGCGGCCCCUCCCCCAGGCCCCCUUUCCUCCUUCUCGCAGCCCCUUUCCUUAAUCCUCCCGCCAACGUCUCACCCCGUGCCCACACGCGACCCCCGGCCUCCCAGCCCGCACUGGUCGUGCUUGCGCGCUCGACGCGCCUUCCUCUCCGCCUCCUGUUUUGGCGGCGUUCCCACCCACAGUUUGGACACGACGCCCACGGCCCCCUCGCUCGACACCUCCCUUCUUGUCUCGUCUUUCCUCGCAUCUCACGCCCCUCCUUCUCGCGCCCUGCCGAAAGUACCCCUUCCCACCAUUUUACUUACCAGGGAGUCGACUCAGGAUCUGAAAUCAGACACCAAUGGACUUGGUUUGUGGGCAGAAACACAUACACACUCGCACUCUGGCUCACUCUUGGACAAGAUGCGAACACGCGCACGCCACACACACACACACACACACACACACACACACACUCGCGUGCACCUAGGUCACACACGGACAGGUUCAAGGGACAGCACAAUGUUAGGGAUUUUUGUCUUAAAGGAGGACAAGCAUCUGCCUCUUCUGAGGGCCAAACUGAUAGAAUUUGGUUUAUUCUUGUAUUCUUCUUUCGAACUCCUCUUUCACUUCCCACUAUAUUACCCUUGUCCUGUCCACAAGUCACAUUCAUGUGGCCCUCUAUUGGCUUGCAAAAAAUGCUCUUGGGUUUUUUCCCUUUAUUUUUAUUUUCUUAAGCACAACUGUGUGAGGGUAUCGAUGGGAAGGCAGGUUUCUCUUGAGGAACAAAGUAGUGGAUUGGGUGGUGGAGUAGACUAAAGCAGUCAUGUGUUGAAGAAGAGGUGAUUUUACUCAUUUUGAUAAGUCUUUAUAAGGAAGAAAAUAAACAUUUAAGAAAAUCUUUCCUUUUGUAACACAAAAGCCACAUCUCUUUUCUGGAUCUUUCAGGACUGGCCUUUAUUUGCUUCCUCUUUCGUUGUCUUCAUUGCUCUGUGCCCUUGGUUGUUUUGUGGUCGUCCUGUCGUCCCUCGUGACCCUCGGCCACCUCCCUGGCCCCUGCCGGCCGCCGGUGGGUGCACUUGGACAUCUACAACCCUGCAACUUUGUACAGAGAAACACAAUCAGCUCUUUCUGCAUGUGCUGGUCAAAUCCAAACCCAGAGAACAGAAGCGCUUUCUAUGAAUGAACAAACAUGUGAAAUAGGAUGUUUUGUGUAGAUAAAGCAUUCUUGUUACAUACUGGUCAAUUUGUGAUAUGUUUUAACUUAUUGUCUGUGCUUAUUUAUGGAAUUUGGUUUUCUUAAUAAAUGUUUGAGCUAAUAUAAAACAUAUUAUUUGAUUUUUCCGGACAAGUUUAUAUCAAGUUAAAUGUAAAUGGAUAAAAAUAAAACCAUUUUCAGUAUGUGA